AUGCUCCCCGGUAUCCUUGAUUCAUUGACCGUGGAUCUUCAUAGUAUAAACGUUCUGAGGCAUUCAUCUACUCGAUCCAGUGUGGGUUUUUCGUGCUGUGGCGUUGAUGAUGCACACCUCCGAAAACCUGGCCGUGACAUGAGAACACUACCACGGCAAAAAUUCGAUCCUGUAUCUCCAUUGCUACAGAUUGCAAAGGCGUUGUGGGUUUACAAUAGGUUGGCUGUGAUUUUCGGCAGUGCCAUGGAUAGCGGUGCUUAUGGGACAGGGACUAAAAGACAGCCGGUUUAA